GGGGCCCGGGCCCGGCGGGGGCUGCCGCCCGCGGCCCGCCCCGGCGCUGCCCCGCUCCGCUCUUCUGUUCGGGGUUUGACCCGCUCCCGCUUCCCCGCCGCCGCCUCCCGCUGCAGCCGGGCAGCCGCGGCGGAGCGGGACGAGCCCCGGGCAGCCGGGAACGACCGGGCUGGGCCCCGUUCUGCGGCGGGGAGUCCCGGGGGAGGCGGCCCCGGCGCUGGCAGCGGCCUGGGACACGCUUCGCUCACCGCAAACACUUUGUGUCCCGCUCUUCCCCCGCCCCGCGUUAUUUCCUUCGUGCUGUUGUGUUUAAACGCUGCUUGAUGCGGUCCCGUGGCGGGGGAGGGGGAGGGAAGUUCAGCCCCAGAGAGGGGUGACAACAGCUCAAAGGGUUCCUGGAGCCUUCCCGGGUCAGGAAUUGCUGCGGUAGUGCCGUGUCCCUCUGUCCUGGGGGCCCUGUGGGCGGUGGUGGAAGCGGCCAGCGCCGGCGCCUCGGUUCUCUGCCUGUGUGAGAAGGGAGAUGCCAAGGUCACGGAAGAGACAGGCAAGAUGUCCAAGAUGGAAAAGAAAAUGAAAACAGGGUUUGUCCGGCUGGUCGGAGGGGACAACGACUGCUCAGGACACGUGGAGAUCCAUGAUGGGGAGAAGUGGAAAAGUGUCUGUGCCUCAGCCUUUGGUGCCAGAGCUGCUGCUGUGGUCUGCAGGGAGCUGCAGUGUGGGGCAGCCCUGAACAUCCAAGGGGCAGCUCGUGAUGGAGCCAGCGCCGGUGCCAUGUGGGACAGAGAGCUGCAGUGUGCAGGGAAUGAACCCUUCCUCCAGUUUUGCCCCAGAGGCCCCUCCUGCGACCAGCUCUGCACCCCCAGAGCUGCUACUUGGCUCAACUGCACACGGUUCAGGCUGGUGAACGGCAGCACGGCGUGCGAGGGGAGGGUGGAGCUGCACGUGCAGGGGACCUGGGGCAGCCUCUGUGCCUCCCGCUGGCACCUCUCUGACGCCCACGUCCUCUGUGGCCGCCUGGGCUGUGGCUUUGCCGUGUCCCUUCCCAGAGGAGGGAGUUUUGGGAGAGGAACGGGCCCCGUCUGGAGAGACUCGUUCCGCUGCAGUGGGACUGAAGCCCACCUGGGACAGUGCCCAGUGACCGUGCUGGGGGCCUCCCCGUGCUCCCAUGAGGAUGCUGCUGCUGUCGUCUGCUCAGAGUUCACGGCCCUGAGGCUGGAGAACAGCGACAGCUGCUCUGGGCGCCUGCAGGUUUUCUACAACGGGACGUGGGGCAGCGUUUGCUCCAACUCCAUGACCCCCAAAACGGUGUCACUGGCGUGCGAGGAGCUGGGCUGCGGGAAGGAAGGGACCCUGGAGAUACAAGGGCCACGGGGCAGAGUGUCUGGCCCCGCCUGGCUGGACCGUGUGGAGUGUGAGGAGAGACACGGCUCCUUCUGGCUGUGUCCCUCCGAUCCCUGGAACCCGCGGUCGUGCGACGAGCUGCGAGAUGUGACCCACAUCACCUGCCGUGGGACACGGCCCAAAAUGACCCCAACCCCGGGCUCCGCGUGCCCCAACGCCACGAGCUGCACAGACAGGGAGAGGAUCCGCGCCGUGGGAGGAGAGGACGGCUGCUCGGGCCGGGUGGAGCUGUGGCACCGCGGCUCCUGGGGGACGGUGUGCUACGACGCGUGGGACGUGCGGGAUGCCGAGGUGGCCUGCAGGCAGCUGGGCUGUGGGCCCGCCGUGGCCGCCCUGCCCGAGGCUGCCUUUGGGGAGGGCACGGGCCCCAUCUGGCUGGAGCAGGUGGAGUGUCAGGGCACAGAGGCGGCUCUGCAGCACUGCUGGGCCUGGCCCGGGGACCGAGGGCUCUGCCGGCACAAGGAGGACGUGGCCGUGCGCUGCGCGGCUGCGCCCAGGACAGCAGCACCGACCCCUCGAGCAGAUCCCAGUCGGGGCCGCCCGACCAGCAGCAGAAGCGUCUCGUUGCCCGUCAUCAUGUGCAUGAUCCUGGGAGCCCUUGUCUGCCUGCUGCUGGCCCUCCUGGCCUGGAGAGUGCUCAGCGCCAGGGCUGAGCGCAGAGGCUCCCAGACAGCCCUGGAGCCCUUCCCUGAGGCGGUGUACCAGGAGAUCGGUUACAGCCCUGUGUGGGAGGAGCAGGCGAGAUUCAGCCCAUCAGGCUCCUAUUCGGAGGGGUCCCUUACUAAACUGCAGCCCCAUCACAUGGACAGCGAGGAGGAAGAUGGUCUGGGGUCAGCACGAGAUGUCCCUGUCCUGCCCAGAGGUGGCCCAGCAGAUGGCUAUGAUGAUGCCAGGGAGGUUUCUGACCCUGGGGAGGACCUUGUGCUUGGGCACAGAGGCUGGGAAGUGCCCAGGGCAGCAGAGGAGGGAGCAGGGCCCAGGGACGCACCUGGAGAGACAAAGCUGUGCUCCCAGAGCAGUGCCGGGGCCCCUGGAGCUGAGGGAGAUGCCCAGUGCCUGUGCCCAGAGAGCUGGAGCUACGACGAUGCCCAAGAGGUGUCCCUGGCACAUCCCCCUGAGGACAGCGAGGCCGUGACACCGCAGCUCAGGGCACAAGGGUGGCCCAUCCCCGGGCCAGGAGAGCCCGUCACUGCCGCGGGGCUGGGAGCAGCUGGGAGGGAGGAGGGAGCUGUGCGGCUGGGAGAGCCCUGAGCUCCAGGGAGCCCUCGGCCCUUGCCAGCCAUUUCCUCUGCCUUCAGUGUCCUGUGUUCAGGCUGUGCCUCCUCUUUGUUCUGAUUAAAAUCCCUUGGGGGUUUGGGCCAGAGCUGGUGCCAGGCUGCCCAAGGGUCAAGGGCUGUCCCCGAGGCUGACUGGGGGGGAUCAGAGCACAAAGACGUGACAGUGGGGAAGGGGCACGUCUUGGGGACAGCGGGCUCAGGGUCUGCAAGGGCCUCUGGUCCCUGGGGAAGAUUCCUGCUGACAGAGACAUUUCCAUCCUGACAUAGAAUCAUUGAAUCAAAGAAUCCUUUGGGUUGGAAAAGUCUUUAAGAUCAUCAAGUCCAAUCACCAGCCUCACCCUGCCGAGCCCAUCACCAACCCCUGUCCCUCAGCACCUCAGCUCCACGGCUGUGCAACAGCUCAUAGACCUAUGGAAUCAUUGCAGCUGGAAAAGACCUUUAAGACCAUUGAGUCUGAUGUGUGUUGUGAUGUCACACAACAGUUCCCUGAUA